UGGGCUGAUUCAUUCGGGGGCUGGAGCUGCAAGCGCCGACGUCGGCUCCUGCGCCGGGAGCAGCCUCGCUCGUCAUUGGCUGGUUCUCGGGGACCGCCCCCCCUUGCCACCCCUGGGUUUCCUCUCGGGUCCGCAGUAGAAACACUGCCCUCACGGUUCCUGACCCCUGGGUCUUUCUCCCUUCCCUCCCUCCCUCACUCCCUCCCGCCACCGCCGCCGUCGUUUCAGACGCCCCUGCUCCCGAAGGAGCUCCUGGUUCGGUGAUGGGGUCUCGGGCUUCCACGUUACUGCGGGACGAAGAGCUCGAGGAGAUCAAGAAGGAGACUGGCUUUUCCCACAGUCAGAUCACCCGCCUCUACAGCCGAUUCACCAGCCUGGACAAAGGAGAAAACGGGACUCUCAGCCGGGAAGAUUUCCAGCGAAUUCCGGAACUUGCCAUCAAUCCAUUGGGGGACCGGAUCAUCAAUGCCUUCUUUCCAGAGGGAGAGGACCAGGUAAACUUCCGCGGAUUCAUGAGAACUUUGGCUCAUUUUCGACCCAUUGAGGAUAAUGAAAAGAGCAAAGAUGUGAAUGGACCAGAACCACUCAAUAGCCGAAGCAACAAACUGCACUUUGCUUUUCGACUCUAUGACUUGGAUAAAGAUGACAAGAUUUCCCGUGAUGAGCUGUUACAGGUGCUUCGUAUGAUGGUUGGAGUAAACAUCUCAGAUGAGCAGCUGGGCAGCAUCGCAGACCGGACCAUCCAGGAAGCGGAUCAGGAUGGGGACAGCGCCAUAUCUUUCACAGAAUUUGUUAAGGUUUUGGAGAAGGUGGAUGUAGAACAGAAAAUGAGCAUCCGAUUUCUUCACUGAAGGACUGAGACCAAACUGUUCCCCGCUUUCUAGUAUUUAAGAACUGGAACUCAAGAGUCGUCCUGUCCACCAGCCCCACCUCCACCCCAUCAUUCCCCUUCUCCCAAAGUACUACUGCUGUUGCAUGACAACCCCAGACAUGUCCUGUCAACAUAAACCUGCCUUCGGUGCAUAAACAGGGCAUUACAGAAUGGUACCCCCGUCCAUUUCUGUUCAGUAUCAUUCACCAGUUAUCUCCAUUUCUGAAUAUCAUCUUCCCUGGUUUGCUGCUGAAGGCCAUAUGUUCAUCCAGUCUGAAAAAGUGAGAGAGGGAAUUCAUGCCAAGAACCAACCAGCAAAGCUCUUUCACUGGAUAUAGAUGACAGCCUUGCUGCCUUCCCUCCAGCCGGGCUUCAGCAUGCUCCUCCAGCCUUUUUUGUAUGUCCUUUGCUUCCUCCUCCUCUUUCACCCAACAUACCAUUCACUUAGUUCUUCAGUCUCCCUGCUCUUCACUAAGCUUCAGUCCCCCUGUUCUACUCGGCACCCCAAGCUGUGCCUGUGAAACGUAUUUCUGACUUGGCAGGGUAGUGUGGCAAUCUGGCGGGUUUUGUCUACCUUUAUUCUUAAAUGGGUCUCUGGGAUGUUGCCUCUCCAGGAGCUUUUCCAUAACCAACACUUCUCUGAAGAAUGAUCAUCUUUUGGUCCCCUGCACUCUGCUCUAUCAUCAAAGGGCUGUUGGUUAGGUGUUCUUGUUGAAAGGUGGCGGCCUUGGUGCACGGUGUAGAGCCAAGGCUUCUAGAUGGCUCACCUGGGUCGCUCUACCUCUGGCCUCUGGUUCUCAACAUACAUAACUACAUGGCUACUCUUGUUAGUACAGUGUUGACUCCUCAGAAAAGGGCCGUAUACCUGCAGGUUUGCUUAGUUUGGGGAUACCAUCACCACCGGAAUGGCUGCCCUGACAAUACGCUUGAGGAACUUUCUCGUGGCUUUUUGAUCAAGGAGCCCGGGCACUCUAAAACCCUGGCGUACCCCACUUCUGCACCAUGGUUAAUGCCUCAGUGUUAUGUGCCCUGGAAUGUGUUUCACGUCCCAUUUCCAAAUAGGAUGAGCAGUGUUAACAGAAGUGCCUACCUUAUCCCAGUCCAAGAGAUUCAAAGACUGUCCUCAGUGUCUUGAAGUUUUGCACAAAAUUCUCAAUGAAUUUUACAGUUGGCAAAUGUUAAGGCUGGAAGCCAUAGUCUGCUCCUGAACGAGGUCCAAAGCAUUGAAUGUAUUGUUAUCAGAAGCUGCCUGGUUACAUUGACUUCCUAGCUCCUCUUGUAAACCACUACUCAUCUCUUAGAAGCAAGGAGUCUGGCAUCAGUGGCACGAUCUGAGGUGGUGUGACAGGCCUCUGCACGAGCCAGAGCAACUUCUGUGCCCCUCCAGCUUAGUACAGACCUCAGUGAAUCAGGCUGUCAUCAUCCUGUCUUUAGCAGUCUCCUCGUCUAUGUGUUUGCCCUUGGCUGAUUGUCUCUGACACAUUGCUUGCUCACUUGGUUGUUUCCUUGCUUUGGAAGGCUAUCCAAGAUGUGCACUCAGUACUUGAGGAAGGGAAUUGCUUAAAAACAAAAACAAGAUGCUGCAGAGGGAUUGGUAAGAGUGGCAAACAGGAGUGGCCAGGCCGGAUGACUCAAGUAUGAAUGACUGAGGAAUUCUUGAUGAAGUAUCAGUCUGACUUUGUGAUCAAGUGAUGUAAUAUAGGAAAUGUAGAAAGGGGAAGAAUUUUCUGACACUGAUCUUUUAGAGAGGUACUUCAGAGGCUCCUUGACUUCCAUAUUUAAACUUCUUAAGAUGGGGCUUUUUCCUCCUUUUGGCUGUAUAGCAAACUGUUUUAAUCCACGGUUGUGCCUUAUUGUUUCCAUUAAAAUUGUAUUCUUUGAUCCAUCAAUAAAUACUUGUGGUUAAAACAAAAAA